AUGGCGGACGAGCCUAAACCGAAGAGGUCCAGGAUUUUGAGGGGUGACGAUGACUACAUGCCAGGAAACAUAACUAAAAUUGAGCUCUGCAACUUCAUGACCUUCAAUAAACUGAUCUGCAAGCCAGCCUCUCGCUUAAAUUUGGUCGUUGGACCAAAUGGAUCAGGAAAAAGUUCUCUUGUAUGUGCUAUCGCACUAGGGCUUGGAGGUGAACCUCAGCUUCUGGGGAGGGCUACUAGCAUUGGAGCUUAUGUGAAGCGUGGGGAGGAGUAUGGGUACAUUAAAAUUUGCCUGAGAGGAGAAACCAAGGAAGAGCCUAUCACAAUUACAAGGAAAAUAGAUACGCGUAACAAAUCUGAGUGGCUGUAUAAUGGUAAAGUGGUAGCGAAAAAGGAGAUUAAUGACGUAAUACAAAGAUUCAACAUCCAAGUCAAUAAUCUGACUCAAUUUCUACCACAAGACAGGGUUUGUGAGUUUGCCAAGCUAACCCCCGUGCAACUCCUUGAAGAGACUGAAAAAGCUGUCGGAGACCCCCGAUUACCUGUUCAGCAUAGGACUCUCAUAUCAAAGAGCCAGGAGUUGAAGAAGUUCGAACGAGCUGUUGCCAGCAAUGAAGGUUUGUUGGAUCAACUCAAGGCCCAAAAUGCAGAACUAGAAAAAGAUGUUGAACGUGUUCGUAAAAGAGAAGAUCUUUUAGCAAAGGCUGACUCAAUGAAGAAAAAGCUGCCUUGGUUAAAGUAUGAUAUCAAGAAGGCAGAGUAUGUGGGAGCCAAAAAUCAGGAGAUCGAAGCAAAGGGGAAGUUAGACGAGGCUGUCAGAGCUCUUAAAAACCUUAUGGACCCCAUUGAAAAACAGAAGGCAGAUAACGCAAAAUUGGAGGCUAAAGUGAAAAAGAUAAACGGUUUGCUAGACAGAAACAUGAAGAACCGUAUGCAGAUUUUGGACAACUAUAACCGUUUAGGAGUACUAGUACAAGGUGCGUAUGAUGAAGUGGAUGAUUUGAGGCAUCAGGAAGAGUCUCGUCAAUUAAGAAUCUGUAAAGCUAAGGAAGAUCUUGCCGCUGCUGAGGCUGAACUUAGGAAUUUUCCUCCUUAUGAACCUCCACGACAGAAGAUGGAAAAUUUAAGUGCUCGAAUUGUGGAGCUGGAAGAAUCUGCGAAAGAGAUGAGAUAUCAUAAAAGAGAAAAGGAGAAGGAUUUAAACCAACGCAAAAUGAACCUGACGCAGUGUAUACAAAGGUUAAGGGAAAUGGAGAAUGUGAACAAUAAGCGUUUACAAGCUUUAAAAAGUUCUGGUGCUGAGAACAUCUUUGAGGCUUAUCAAUGGGUUCAGGAGCAUCGGAGCCUGUUCAAUAUGGAAAUUUAUGGCCCUGUAUUGCUUGAGGUGAACGUUGCCAAUCGAUUUCAUGCUGACUACCUAGAGGGCCAUGUUGCCCAUUACAUAUGGAAGGCUUUUAUCACUCAGGAUCCCAAGGAUCGUGAUUUACUGUAUAAAAAUCUGAAACCCUUUGAUGUUCCCGUUAUCAAUAAUGUUAAUGAUGGUGGCAACCGAGAGCCCUUUUGUAUGACGGAAGAAAUGCGUAAACUUGGCAUAUCUUCAAGGCUUGACCAAGUCUUUGAAGCUCCCCAUGCUGUCAAAAAAGUUUUGAUUGGUCAAUUUGGACUGGAUCACUCAUACAUUGGAUCAAAAGAAACAGAUGAGAAAGCUGACCUGGUCUUUAGAUUGGGAAUUAUGGACGUCUGGACACCAGAAAAUCAUUAUCAUUGGUCCAGAUCCCGCUAUGGCAGUCAUGUGUCUGGAAAUGUUGAAUCAGUAGGCCGAUCCCGACUUCUUUUAUGCAAUUUGGAUGUUAAGGAAAUUGACAUUGCCAGAUCGAAGAAAGUUGAACUGGAGGAGCAAAUUUCUGUCAUAGAUGCAGAUUUGAAGUCUCUGCAAAUUGCAUUAAGACAGAAGGAAGAUGAAGCAGCUGAACUUCAGCGCGAACGGGAGGAGAUAGUUAACGUCAUGCAAAGCAAGAAGAAAAAAUUGAGGGAGUUGGAACAAACUGUCAACCAAAGGAGAAUCAAGUUGAAGUCGAUUGAAAGAGAGGAUGAUCCAGAUGCUGCAAUAGCAAAGCUCACUGACAAGGUUAAACAAUUGAAGAGUCAGCGUUUCCAUAGUGCUAUUGAGGUUAAGAAUUUGCUUAUUGAGGCUGUUGCUUAUCGAAGAAGUUUUUCUGAAAAUAACAUGAGCUCCAUUGAACUUGAAGCUAAGAUUAAGGAGAUGGAAUCAAAUGCAAAGCAACAGGAGAAGAUAGCCAUGCAAGCAUCCUUAUAUCUUGAAAAUUGUAAGUGUAAGAUUGCCACGGAGAAUCUCCGACAUCAGCUGACGGUUGCCAUGAAGCAUGCUCAAUCAGUUGCUGAAAUUACUCCUGAGCUUUCACAGGCCUUUCGAAAGAUGCCUGCUACUAUUGAAGAGUUGGAGGCAACAAUACAAGAUACGAUAUCACAAGCCAAUUCUAUCCUUUUCCUUAACAAUAACAUCUUAGAGGAAUAUGAAAGCCGUCAACGGAAGAUUGAGGAAUUGACAAGGAAACAAGAAAUGGAUGGAAAGGAAUUAAAUGACUUACUAGAUGAAAUCAAUGCUCUGAAGGGAUGUUGGCUCCCAACAUUGAGAAAUCUCGUGACUCGGAUUAAUGAAACUUUUAGUCGCAAUUUUCAAGAGAUGGCUGUGGCAGGCGAGGUGUCUUUAGAUGAACACGACACAGAUUUUGAUCAAUAUGGAAUCCUGAUCAAAGUAAAGUUCAGGCAAACUGGACAGCUUCAGGUUUUAAGUGCCCAUCACCAAUCAGGCGGGGAGCGCUCAGUUUCGACCAUUCUUUACCUUGUUUCUUUACAAGACCUCACAAACUGCCCAUUUAGGGUAGUUGAUGAGAUCAAUCAAGGUAUGGACCCCAUAAACGAGAGGAAAAUGUUUCAGCAAUUGGUCAGAGCAGCAAGCCAGCCAAAUACUCCACAGUGUUUUCUGCUGACCCCCAAAUUGCUACCAAAUCUAGAAUACAGCGAUGCAUGCAGCAUUCUUACCGUUAUGAACGGUCCUUGGAUUGAGCAGCCUUCGAAAGUGUGGAGUGGUGGUGACAGCUGGGGAUCUUUGAGACCAAUAGGAGAAAACCAGUGCUGA